AUGCAGGCUUCAGUGGUCCUCCUCCUCGUCGCCGUUGUCGCAGUUCCUGUUAGUUUUGAUCUUUCCUUUUCAUAAUGUCAUCUGAAGUUAUAUCAGUUGUUCUAAGAAUAUAAGCUCAGUAGAAUUUCAAAAACGAGUAUUUCAGGUUUUGGCCUUCGAAGACGAAGCCUUGACUGUUCUGCGAGCUCGAAGAGUCGCUGUUGAAGGUGAGAGUUGGAUGAUUAAAAUUUAUGGAAAUUAAACUUUUGAGUUUGUUGAAAGAACUACUUGGUUUCAAUUUAUCAUUAAACUGAAGUUUGUAAAUGAAAUAUCGACAAAACUUUCAUUGAGAUCGCAAUAUUUCGGAAGUCCGAAUACUUCAAAUUUGAUAAUUACUUCUGUUUUUGUUUUCAAAGAGGAAAUAAACUGAUGAGGAUCUUAUACAGUCCGAACAACCUGCUAAAAGUUUCAAAAUGAAAAAAGAAACUAUUUUAGGAAGUGGCGUCGAAGGAUCAGGAAUCGAAGCGUCGGGAGAAGGAAGUGGAGAACUGAGCACCUCUUCUUCUUCUACCAAAACAGUUAUCGAAGCAUCUGGAGAAGGAUCAGGUAGAUCUGAAACAUUUGACGUUCUGAAAAAUGUGGUUUUCAGGCCAUGACUUCGUUGAAGCUUCCGGUGAACAGAACGUGAGUUUUUCGUUGGGUUGAAAAACUUGCUAGCUUCUUAUUGAAGAGUCUUUCUGUGUAAAUUUUUCGAUUUCAGAACGAGGUGAAGGACGCCAAGCCAUUGACAAGCGAGUUCGCUAUUUCCGCCUAA